AUGAAGGCAUGGACCUCUGGUCCAUGUUCUGAAAUGCUUAGGUUAAAGGCUGAUGGUUCUUUCUGGAUGUCUGUGACACUUGGGAGACAGAUCUUCUUCUGAAACAGAGAAGGGACCACCCCUGUUCUAAAGCAAUCGUUCUCUCAUUCCUCCACUCCAGACCUAAAGCAGGUGAUCUGAUAAGCUGCGACAGAUUCAAGCACCCUCCUGGGAAGGGAACGUAUCUCUUCUGGCAGAGGUCUUCAAGCAGAAAUAGCAGUGCUCUGGUAGUCUUCAGGAUUUUGUCGACAGCCACGCAUUUGCGAUCAUUUCACACCACAUUGCAGAAGAAGCUUCAGAAUGUCUGAAUCCACCUCUAUCAUGGAGUUUAGUGGGACGCAUCAAGCCUUCCGGGACCGCUGGGCGAAGACGGAUGAUGAGAUGUGCAAGCACAGUAUGUCUUUUCAUCUUCACAACACCCUGAGGCAGGAGUUCUUCGCCAGCUACCUGUACCUUCUGGAACAGAUUCCUCUGGUGAAACUCUAUGCCGUGACUUGCGAGUACAUUAAAGGGGAGAAGCAGUUUUACUACAGGGCACAGAAUUUCUACAAGGACGUCCCGCCGUCAGAAGAGGGCAUGAUGGGAGAUUUCGUGGAGAUAUCUGAGAUUGACCUAGAGGGCUCAAGGCAGUUCCUGAAGAAAUUUGUUGGUCCAGGAAAGGCGGGCACCAAGCGUGCAUUAGACUGUGGCUGUGGAAUUGGACGAGUGUCUAAAGGGGUUCUGUUUCCUGUGUUUGAAACCAUGGAGAUGCUCGACAUGACGGAAGAGUUCAUCCUUCACGCUCAUGAAUGUUACCUUGGAGAUGAUGCAGACCGGGUGGAAGCCUACUACCUUUACAAUCUGCAAGAAUUUAUCCCACCUCCAAAAAGAUAUGAUGUCAUCUGGAUGCAGUGGAUUGCCUGUCAUCUUACUGAUAAAGACCUGAUGGAGUUUUUAGCUCGUGCUAAAGAGAGUCUGAAGCCUAAUGGUGUGAUCAUCAUUAAAGAUAACAUGACACGACAGGGGUGCAAGCUGGAUCCCAUCGACGGCAGCAUUAUUCGUCACUUGGACAUCAUGAAGAGUAUCAUUCAGAAAGCAGGUCUCACCAUAUUGGACGUGGAGAAACAGGAAGGGUUUCCUGAGGUCAUCAUACCUGUAUGGAUGAUUGCCAUGCGCUGACCCUAUGAAUGAAAGAGGUGAUUAAGUUUGUAUUCACACUUUUCAAUGCACUUAUUUAUAGUAUACAUUCUAUUGUAAAAAUGCAUAGGAUGUUUAAUUCCAUUAAGCUUCCAUUUACCAGCUAAUAUGUAAAAGGGUAUUAACUGAUUUUCAAGGUGUUCGGAUCAUUGUUAUUUGAAAAUUCUUUUCCAUUGUUUAAUUUUGGCAAGAACAAAAAUGUGUAACAUAUCGCUGCUGUCAUUCUGAAACCUUGUAUCUCCAUAUUUCAUGACUUUUAUUUUUUGCCAUAAAUCAUUAUUAUUAGUCACCCUUUAUAUUUGUCACUGAGUUUUGCAAAUAUCAAACAAAAAAGUAUUAAAAACUGCUUGAUAACUUGCAUUCAGUGAAAAAGCUCAGUGUUUUACUGAAAAACAGCUAAUUUGGACAUACAAGGUUUUAGCAGGACAGUGAAGAUAUUAAUUUUUUUUACAUUAAAAUAGAAUGCUUCAGAAUGCAGACAGCUGUAUAUAAUUUUAUUUACGUUUUCAGUCUGUUUAGUAUUUUGUACAUUUAGAAUAAAAUGUAAAGCUAUUUAUUAUUAUUUUUUAAAUAAAUAAACUACUUAUUCUGUAAAAGAUAGAAUUAAGUGUAGUAUGUGUCAUUGUAAAUGUUAUUUAGAGU